UAUCACGCACCAACGCACUUCUGAACGCAACCAAAGUAUUAGAUACUUACAUAUACACAGGCGUUUCAGCCCACCCGAACAGAUUGUCUUACUCGAGCACGAUCAGCUGAUCGCUAUCCAGCGGCUCCACGUUGCGUCACUACUUAAACUUAGAAAAACAAGAAGCAUGGAUACCGGCGCCGCGUUGCGUAUCUCACGCGUACUUCUGACUGGACCACCUGGUAUAGGAAAAACUACAGUAUGUAAAAAAUUAGUUUCAAUGAUAGAAGAAGAAAAUUAUAAAUUUAAUGGAUUUUAUACUGAAGAAGUUAAAGGUCAAGAUGGUAAUAGGAUUGGAUUUGAUAUUGUGCUAGUAAAAAAUCGUGAGGAAAGAACAAUAUUGGCACGAAUUGAAAACGUCAUAACUCACUCACAAUAUUCUAAAUAUAAAGUGGGAAACUAUCAUGUAUUUCGUAAUAAUUUUGAAGUGGCAGUAUUACCUAUCUUUAAUUCUAAUGCAGACAUAUUGAUUAUAGAUGAAAUUGGAAAAAUGGAAUUAUUUAGCCAAAAAUUUCAAGAUGAAAUAGUAAAAUUAUUUUUUGAAACUUCAAAUAAAUCAUUUGUAAUUGCAACCAUACCUCAAGUACAUAAAGUACCACCAAGAUAUUUAUCAUUAUUUCAAAAAUUUCAUAAAGAUGAAAGAUGUAAAAUUAUUACUGUAAAUCGUCAAAAUCGAAAUAACUUACCGGAAGAAAUUUUUCCUCUUAUUUUUUAAGGC